UUAGCUGGCUUUGGCUUUGGCUUUUUCCUCUCAAUUGCCGCUAGUGCUAAGAAGUAAGACCGUCGCUCGCACGCUCCCGUUGGUCGUUAAGUUCGGCCUUCGAGAGAAGAGAAGGGGGGGUUUUUGAAUUCUCCAAGAAGGAAACUUCCUUCUGCCUUGAAAACCAGACUCUGACUUCUCAGAGGCCUUUCCUUCCCCCGAUUCUGUAUUUGUUCAAUCCUUUCGUUUUCUGAAACGUCUCCAGAGGUUGCACUCAAGACUUCCCGGCCAUGGCGUCGCAGGAUCAUCUGCAGAAGAUGGAAGCACGCAAAAAUUACAGGAAUUUCUGGCAUACUGAUCUUAUGAGCACUAUUCAAGCCGAUACACCUUAUUGCUGUUUUGCCUUCUGGUGUGGACCAUGUGCUUCAUACAUGCUUCGGAAACGAGCUCUUUACAAUGAUAUGUCAAGGUAUACAUGUUGUGCUGGUUAUCUACCAUGUAGUGGUAGGUGUGGAGAAAGUAAAUGCCCGGAAUUUUGUCUCUGCACUGAGGUUUUCCUCUGCUUUGGUAACUCAGUUGCAUCAACUCGUUUUCUAUUACAAGAUGAGUUCAAUAUACAGACAACGCAGUGUGACAACUGUAUUAUUGGAUUCAUGUUUUGUCUCCAACAACUAGCAUGCAUAUUCUCCAUUGUUGCAAUGAUUGUUGGAAGCGAGGAACUUUCAGAGGCUUCUCAGAUCCUAUCAUGUUUUUCUGACAUGGUUUAUUGCACGGUCUGUGCAUGUAUGCAGACACAGCACAAGAUUGAAAUGGAUAAGAGGGAUGGUAUGCUUGGCCCGCAGGUGAUGGCUGUGCCACCCAUUCAGCAGAUGUCUCGCAUAGAUCAGCCAAUUCCUCCUCCAGUUGGAUAUCAACCACAACCAGCAUACGGGCAGCCCUAUGGUUAUCCACCACCAUCUCAACCUCAAGGUUACCCUCCUGCUCCUGCUGGAUAUCCACCAGCCGGUUACCCUCCUGCUGGAUAUCCACCAGCCGGUUACCCUCCUGCUGGAUACCCACCACUACCACCAGCUGGUUACCCGCCUGCUGGUUAUUCCAAGUGAUCACCACCACCACCAUGAAUGCUGGUCUUCAAAUUAAUAAUUCCUUCAAAUUUACUGGUUGCACAUCAAUUGUAGGAUCUAUUUUUUUGGAUUUGGACUCUGCAUAUUCUAUUGAGAUCUCUCCAGUUUGUUGCGUGACUUGACUUUAGGAAUUAUUUGUUUUGUAAGUGCCAAAUUACCAAUGAUAGGUGUGUUCAUCCUUUUCUCUAUGUAGAUAACAUAACUAUACCUUGUGAUUUGAGCAUAUUAUAAUUAUGUUCUUUCAAAUCAUAGCGUGGCUUUUAUGUUA